UUAACGGCCGUCAUUUUUACCAAAGCAGUAUGGAAAGCAGCAAAGAUGAGCCACCGAGGACCCAAAGGGAGAUCACAGGCAAAAACUCGCAACAAAUCAGCUGCUAUUGACUUUGGAUAGAGUCAUGAACUUAUUGGAUAUAUUUCUAGAACUCCUUAUCGUUGUGAUUGCAGUGGUGUCACUCGUGGCGAACUUGCUGGUGUUACUAUGUUUCACCUGCAGCGUACAGGUUCGUGCACAGGUGCCAGCGAUCUUCAUCAUGAACCUCUCAUUCUGCAACAUCCUCAUCGCUCUUCUCAACAUGCCUUCUACCCUGCUUGGGGUCGUAAAACACCAAAAGCCUUUCGGCGACCACUUUUGUUAUACAGUCAGCUUUAUGGAUACUUUUCUGACUACCAACACGAUGCUGAGCAUGGCAGCUCUCAGCAUAGACCGCUGGAUAGCCGUGGUUUUUCCUUUGACUUAUCCCAGCAAAAUGAGACUGAAGAAUGCCGCGCUAAUGGUCAGUUACGCCUGGCUUCACUCGCUCGCAUUCUCGCUCACUGCUCUCCUGCUGUCCUGGGUCGAUUACAAUCCCGCGUACGCGUCUUGCACCGUGCACCUGAGAGAUGAUGCUGAGAGCCGCGGUCACUUCAUGGUGUUCACCGCGGUCUUCCACGCAUGUACAUUCGCCUUCUCGCUUUUCAUCCUAUGCUUUGCCUACCUGAAAGUGCUACAAGUGGCGCGCUUUCAUUGUAAGAGGAUAGAUGUCAUAACAGUGCAGACACUUUUACUACUUGUCGACAUUCAUCCGAGUGUAAAACAACGGUGCUUACUGGAGCAGAAGAAAAGGAGACACAGGGCCGCUAAGAAAAUCAGCAUUUUCAUCGGGUCGUUCGUCCUGUGCUUCACCCCCUAUGUCAUAACACGACUGACUGAACUGGCUCCUUCAGUAAAAGUUGCCCGUUAUUGGGGGAUCAUGAGCAAGUGCUUGGUGUACAGCAAAGCUGCAUCUGACCCGUUCGUCUACUCCCUUUUGCGGCAACAAUAUAAGAUGGCCCUUUUUGGAAUUUGCAACAGGAUUUUGGGACGGAACUUAUACACACUUUCUGGUCACUGCAGUCCCACAGGAAUGUAAAACGAAUGCUACUCACAAAGGGUUAACAAGCUGAUAGAUGGAGGAUAACUGUCACUAGAGCAGGUGAAAAAGGCUGACAGCUGACACCCUCAAAAAUAUGUGCACAGAAUUGGGCUGGUUAGUCACCGAACUGCCACACCAAACUCCCUAUAAUUUCUAAAAUAAUGGCAUACACUGUAUCAUUGCUGUCUGUUAAAACCAUGGCAGCGCAAAAUGUUUGCCAAUCACUGGAUUUGCUUUUAUUGAGUUCAGACUAUGAAUUUUUGCACACUCAUCUGUUAUACAUGUAUGUCUCUUUAUUCACAACAUAGUACUGUAAUGUGUAUUAUAUUGUACAUUCUGAAAUAAAAUAAUGAUAGAAGAGUAAGAAUUGUAUAGCUAUUUAUCAUUGUAAGAAGUGAUGACCUGCACUUACUUUAAAGAGCUAAUUUUACCUGAUUAAUCACAUAACAUUUAGUUGUGUAUUAAUGUAUCUAGUAUUAAAGUGGCCAAUCUGUCCAGAACGCACUUUAUUUAUUUCUUUUUUCUUUUUUGAGGAGGCCACUUCCACUAACUCUACCUCUAAGCAUACCCAGCAAAGAAAACUUCCUGCAGUUUUAGAUUUCCAAAAAACUUAACUCUAUAUGAUUUUAAAGCUCCUUUUCUCAUGGAAAACAAUUUAAAAAAAAGCAUUCAGAGUUCCUCUGAAACCCUCCACCUUCCCCAGCUCCACCUGUAAUGCUAUUUGUGCAGCAGCAGCAUAUCUCAAAUACUCACAGCACUGUAUCGCCGUGUGCCUUGGCAUUAGCAAGUUCCUGUUCUUGCUUCCAGCAGAAGUAUCAAUAAUCUACAACUACAGCAAUAACCAACAGCAGCAGCAUAGCAGAUCUAUUCCCCCAAGUCCAAAUACAUUAACUUUGUCAUAUCCAAUACCAUGCUAAAAUCUUUACAGAGUUGUCAUAAUAGAUACAGUCAGGUUGAAUCAGCCAUUCAUAUUGUUUAGGUUCGUUUUUACAAAGUAUGUUUGGAUUUGUAAAAAGAUAAAGUCAUAAAGAAAUGUGCUGGUGUGUAGUAAACACAUUCCCAGACAUACUAUACGUACUUAUUGCCCUUUGACCACUGUGUUCUUUGACCUUCGACAUACAACAAACAAG